AUGGAAAGUGAAUGUUUUCCAAGAAAACUGCGUUAUGAUAUUAGUAUGUCAAAAAGAACAAGAAAAUCACCAGUGAAUAUCAAAGAAGAAGCUAUCAAAAGCCCCCAGCACCCUCAACAAUUGAUCAAUUCAGUGGAAAGCAGAGAAGAUGUGAAUGUAGAAGAAAAAGGGGUAAUUAGUAAUGAAGAGGAAGAAGAAGAUCAGAAGAAGAGUUUGAAGCAGCUGAUUGAAGGCAGAGGAACUUCUUUGGGGCACCAUUUUACCGAAGAAGAAAAGCAACUUCAGUUGGUAGUGAAACAGCCAGAAGGAAGUUUGAUGAAUGGAUUGAAAUUCAAGCAAAUGGUGAGUCGUUAUACCAAAGUUUUAAGUCACAUGAUUAAGCUCAAGAGAAAGAAGCCUGCAUCUUUCGGAUUGAAAAUGCAGGUCCAUAAUAAGCCUACAUCUUGA